AUGGAUGCUGUGGCCUCCCUAAACAGCAGUCCACUCUCUCUGCGCAAACAUCGGCGCUGCCUGUCAGCAGCAGCUGUAACCAAAAAAGCAGCCCCACCUCCACCAGAGGAAGAGUAUAGCUGUGAGUAUGGGUCAACGACUUACCUGAUACUAUGCUCCCUGGGUGGCGUGGUGAGCUGUGGCGCAACCCACACAGCAGUAUGCCCACUGGAUGUGGUGAAGUGCCGCAUGCAAGUGGAACCUAUGCGCUAUCGGGGACUUUUUCAGGGGCUUAGUCUCACUGUGCAAGAGGAGGGAAUGCGUGGUCUGAUCAAGGGGUGGGCUCCAACAGCCAUAGGCUACUCCAUGCAAGGACUUGCCAAGUUUGGCCUCUACGAGUACUUCAAGAUAUAUUACUCUGAUUUGUUGGGUCCCGAACAAGCUUAUCUGUGGCGUACCAGCGUUUACCUCGCUGCUUCAGCCAGUGCUGAGUUCUUUGCUGACAUUGCUUUGUCCCCAAUGGAAGCUGCCAAGGUACGAAUUCAGACCCAGCAUGGCUUUGCCAACACACUGCGGGAGGCAGUUCCCAAGAUGUACAUUGAAGAAGGGCUGUGGGCUUUCUACAAGGGGGUGGCUCCACUCUGGAUGCGGCAGAUCCCUUACACCAUGAUGAAGUUUUCCUGCUUUGAAAGAACUGUAGAGGCUCUCUACAAAUACGUCAUGCCCAAACCACGGGAUCAGUGCACCAAAACGGAACAACUUGGAGUCACAUUUGUUGGUGGAUAUAUUGCUGGAGUCUUUUGCGCUGUAGUCUCACACCCAGCUGAUUCUGUGAUAUCUGUGCUCAAUAAAGAAAAGGGCAGCACUGCUGUAGAUGUCCUCAAGAAAUUGGGCAUGAAAGGUAUCUGGAAAGGGCUAUUUACCCGCAUCUUAAUGAUUGGCACUCUCACUGCCCUGCAGUGGUUCAUCUAUGACUCAGUUAAGGUUUAUCUCAAGCUACCCCGGCCCCCACCACCUGAGAUGCCUGCCUCUUUGAAAAAGAAACUCUCUGAAAAAUAG